UUAAAUAGGUGAUAUGCCCAAAUCGCAGAAAAAGUCCAAAAAGUCCAAAGAACCAAAGCACAAACCUCAAACUCAACAAUCAUUCGACGAGAUCGAAGAAUCCCUGCUGCUGGGCGAGGACGACCUGUUUACCGAGCCUGUUAACCAUGCUAAAACACGUAAAAACUCCCUCGAAUCGUCUCUUCUGGAGGAGGAACUACUGGGGGAAUCUCCUGUGGUCGUGAAGAAGUCGAAGAGAAGGAAAACUAAGAAUAGCGUCUCAGUGAGCAAGACUGAUAAAAUAUCUAUAUCUGAGCUUGAAAUAUCAUUGACUACAUCCGAGAGGGACGAUUCUAUUUCCGAGAGCCUUCUAAUGAGCCCAACUUUUAUUGAAUCUCCAGAUAAAUCAGUAUCAGAUAAUGUUGAAAAUAUUGCACAAGUUAAGAAUCGGAAGCCUACUAAGAAGAUCAAAGUUAUGGGUAAAAUAGACUUCACAAAUAUUGAGAAAGAGAUCCAAUUAUCAGAGCCAGAAGUGAUUUUAGAAAAGGUUGAAUCUCCUGUUAAACCAGUUAAAGUAUCUGCCUUAGAACCGUUACAGAUGGUGCGGAAUCUGGAUGUUGAAGAGGUGGAUAUUUAUAGUGAUUUGAGUACAGAUAAUAUUGACUCACAUACCCCAGAAGGCGGAGAAGAGGUCACCUUAGACGAAGUUUUUAAAAUGAACAAAAAGUCGCCAGAGAAAGCUGUCAAGAAAGCUGAAGUCAAACAAGACAUUCUGUCAGAAAACGAGGACGAAGACUUGGAUUAUGAGGCGGAGGAUGAGAAGGAAAUCUCUCAGAUGAAAAUCAGCGUGUUAGUCGGCGGCUCUAAGGAGAAGAAGUCUCAAAAGCCAUCAGUGGACAAGAAGACCCUGCCGACUUUACCUCAAAUAUCAGCUCCAGUGAUCCUACCCCCACUUCCUCACACGUGCACACACAUUACUAUACCGCCCAUGUUGCCGUUACCGCCCGUACUCCCACAACCUCCAAGGUAUCCUCCUCCUGCGUAUGCUCCUUCACACAUUAAGGAGAGAAGGAUGAUUUACAUUAACCCCAAGUUCAGAACGGAGGUGAUAUUAAAGAAUCUAGAAGAACAAGGGAUCAUCAAGGGGGGAACCAUGGCAGUGCACAUGAACCGUCACCGGAUAAGGAGCAGAAGUAGGAGUCCUAUUAAAUUGCAUACUAACUUCGAGUAUGUUCCAUCGCCCAAACAUAAACAACGACUUGAACUAGACGAUCCUACCACUACCUUACUUAUAACAGAUCUGAGUGUCUGCACCACAAAAAGCAGAAUUCGGGAACUUUUCUCAAGCGUUGGGAAUGUCAAGGAAGUGUUAACGUAUCCAGCUGAAAGGAGAGCUGUUGUUACCUUCGAGCAUGCAAAAGAUGCGGUCAUUUGCCGUCGCAAGUUUCACAGGAGCGUAGUGGACGGAAGUUGUAUGACGGUGAAUUUUGCGAUCUAAUCCCUCUCAGAAUGGGUUAAAUAGUUUCUAUCAGAGACAUCCAGACGAUCCAAGAAGUGGGACUGUAGAUUUAUUGUCAUAACUUCAAAGUUUGGAUGGCUUAAAUUUCAAUUUUCCUUUUUGUAUCGUUACUCGUUAUUCUGUUAUGAUGUUUCCGCUGUUAAAGCCAAGCUGUGCUCAAUUUCAGUACCUUAUUUCUCAUAUAUAUUAGGAGUUGAAAGACGACUUUUUAAAAGUAAUUGCCAUCCUAUCAAUUUGGGACAUGAAAUCAUGCAGAUCGAUUCAAUGUUCGAUCGUCUGUAUUUGUGACUAGGUGAUUUUGGUUUUUUUAAUUGCGGGCUAGAAAGAAGCAUCUGGUUACAAUGACAAGUUGUUAAUUUGCUGUUGAUAUUAUGCCAAAUAUGAAAUAUCAUUUUAUUUAACAA